AUGAGUCAUUCAAGACGCAAAAUGAUCUUGUCGAUGCCGCUCAGAAGCACAACGCGGCAAUGCUGGAGCAGUCAGAGAAGACUCUUCUCUGCAUCUGCUUCGCUUCCUGUGGAGUUGUCCUACCAACUAAUUGAGCCCCCGUCGGCCCAAGACACGAAGCGCAAUGGGCAACCAAUAGUUUUUAUGCAUGGAUUGUUUGGCUCGAAAAGGAAUAAUCGAAGCAUAAGCAAAGCUCUGGCACGCGACUUGAACCGUAACAUCUACAUCGUCGACCUUCGAAAUCACGGGGACACAGGCCAUUCCCCAGGGCACACGUAUACCCAUAUUGCAGAUGAUGUUGCACAAUUCAUCAAACAGCAUCGCCUAGGGAAGACUGUUCUAAUUGGCCAUUCCAUGGGUGCCAAAACUGCCAUGACCCUGGCACUGCAAUCUCCGGAAACAAUCACAGGCUUGAUUCCUGUUGACAACGCCCCGGUCAAUGCUGGAUUAGGUUCCUCUUUCUUUGAAUACGUCAAGGGUAUGAGAGAAAUCGAAGCUGCGCGUGUGGCCAAAACUAGCGAGGCUGAUAAGAUCUUGACCAAAUAUGAGCCUUCCCUCCCAAUCCGCCAAUUUCUUUUGACAAACCUCAUCCGUGACCCUGACAAUGAUAACAAAACAAUGAAAUUCCGAGUGCCCCUAGACACUCUGGGGUCUGCUCUUGACCACAUGGCCGAUUUCCCUUUUAGCCAGAGCGACCCGGGGGCCACGUACAACGGGCCAACGCUGUUUGUUCGCGGUCUGCAGAGUACAUAUGUCGGCGAGAAGACUAUUCAUGCUAUCAGAAAGUUUUUCCCAAACGCCCAAAUCGCCGAUAUUGAAGCAGGGCACUGGGUUAUUUCAGAGAAGCCUGAAGAGUUCAGACAAGCGGUGCUCAAAUUCUUCAGGGAAAACACGAUUGAAUAG